UCAGCACCACCAGCUUAAUGGCGAGCGGAGUUCUCAGAGUACGAAGGAAAGGGUCAAGGAAUGGUCCCCUUGUGGGCCCCAUCAGGGCCAGGAUGAAGGGCGGGGGCCGGCACCUGGCAGCGGUACCCGCCAGGUGUUCUCGAUGACAGCUUUGAAUAAGGAAGGGGGAUCAGGAAAACCAGCCCUACCGGGGGCAGAUGGAACACCCUUUGCCUGUCCUUCCGGUCGAAAAGAGAAGCCGACUGACCCAGUGGAGUGGACAGUCAUGGACGUGGUGGAAUACUUCACAGAGGCAGGCUUUCCAGAGCAGGCCACUGCGUUCCAAGAGCAGGAAAUUGAUGGCAAGUCUUUGUUGCUCAUGCAACGGACAGAUGUGUUGACAGGCCUGUCCAUCCGCCUAGGCCCAGCCCUGAAGAUCUAUGAGCACCACAUCAAGGUGCUUCAGCAAGGCCACUUUGAGGAUGAUGAUCCUGAUGGCUUUCUAGGCUGAGCACCCAGCCUUGCCCUUGCCCCAACUAUCCCAGCCUGAAUCACCCCAGACAUCCCCAUAGUCCAGGAACUGGACAGGGGUUACCCUCUGCCCUCUUAAUAGACUCUAAUGAGGGGGUGCUCUUCCUCACUCAUCUGUCCCCUUUGUUUCACACCUCUACCCCUUGGCACAUCCCCUUCUCCACAGCUGUGGGGUAUGGGUGGGGCUUGGCCUACCUAUUUACCCAGGGACACCCUUCCUCCCCAGGCCAGGACACUUUUGGAAAAAAAAAAAUAGGGGAGCUUCCUGUGGCCCCCAAGACCCUCUUCAGUUCAGCCAGAUGUAUCUUAUGUUUUGUUCUGCCUGUACAUCCUGGUGGGUGGUUUUUCCUUCACCCCACCACCAUGUCCCAUACCCAGCCUGCUGCCACCCCCUGCCUUGGCCUCCAGCCUCUGGACAACAGCUGGGGGUGGGGGAGCCCUGGGUCCUCUUCUCCCCUAUCCUUUCUUUCUGACAGUUGUUGCUCCAGCUGGCUGUAUUGCUUUUUAAUAUUGCACCGAAGGUUUUUUAAAUAAAAUUUUAAAAAAAGAAA